ACCCCCCCCCCCCUCUCUGCGCCCUUUCCUCCUUCUCGCCGUUCCUCCGCUCCAUUCUCCGCGCGUCACCUCCGCGCCUCUGCCAGACCCCCUCCCCUCUCCCCCCUGGGGCGCGCCCCUCCCUCGCUGCCUCGAUCCUUCCUGCUCGCGUCCGCCCCGCCCCGGCCCCCGGCUGGCCAUCCCACUUGAGCAUGUCGAUGUUCCCGCAGGCGGGCAAGUCCCGCUACAUGCAAGGGCGCUUCAUUCAGAACUGCUCGACACAGCUCGCCACCAAUGAUGCUGUCUUCGCCAACCGCCUGGAUGCCGAGGAAUCAGCCCUGCGGAAACGACUCCCCUCCAAGGUUGUGGCCUUGACCAAUGCCCCGGUCGCCACUGACACCCGUUCCGGUCUCUUGGACGACCUUCUCCUGGAUCUGGACCUCAUGGCUGAGACGUUCACCAGCGCAGAGCUCGCCUGCCUCGGUUUGGCCGAGGAGUGUGGCUCGCAGCUGGCCGAAUUCGAGGAGCUCGAGAGGGAGAUCGCCAGCACCGAGGCCGACAUCCAAAUGAUCCAGACCACGCUCGAUCAAGAGCGCCGGCGGGCCGAGCGCUGUCGCGAGUACGACGCCCUGGCCGAGCAAAUCCGCAAGCAGGCCUCGCGCGAGGAGACUCAGGCCCGGCACCGGGACGUGGAGCAUCAGGUGAAGGCCCUCGAGGCGCGGCAGGCCGCGCGCAAUGCGGCCUUCGUCGCCCAUCGUGCAUCCCUGGCCGAGGCGUACCGUUCCUUGCGCGAACUCGCUGCCCGGGCCCGGCGCGAGGUGUCACGCCAGCGCACUCUCGACCCUCCGGCCGGCGCGGCCCCGAUCAAGCAAACCCCGGCCGCUGCACCGGCCGGCUCGUCGAUCUCCCCGCAGCCCUUGCUGCCGCCGGCCCCGGCGCCGCUGGCCGUCACCACAUCCACCAAGCCCGCUCCUCGGCUCCCGCCGCAGCAUCACCACACCCCCUUCAGCGGGGGGAGUGGCGGCGGCGGUGGCGGCGGCGGCGGCGGUGGCCCCAAGGGGUCUGGGCCCUUUGGCGGGCAUCCGCACGGCGGUCGUGGGCCCUUCGGUGGCGGUCGGCCGCAGUAUGCCCCGUCCAUGGGUGGCAUGCCUCAUGGUGGCCCCUCUGCUUCGGGUGGGGCUGGUGGUCGGGGAGAGUCCCGCUACUCCUCCGGGCCGAUGG